AAGGGAUUAUCUGUGAUUUUUGUACUUUUUUGCCUUCAUCACAUUCCUUUCACAUCUUUUCUUAUCUCCAUAACUGUGGUUAAGUUGGAAGAAUGAAGCAGUUGAAAAGAAAAAGGAAAAGCAAUUUCAGUGUUCAAGAAACUCAGACCCUCUUGAAAGAAAUUACUAAGAGAAAAGAAGUGAUUUUUUCCAAACAGCUCAAUACAACAAUUAAUGUGAUGAAACGGAUGGCGUGGGAGGAGAUUGCCCAGUGUGUGAAUGCCGUAGGCGAAGGAGAACAGCGGACAGGGACGGAGGUGAAAAGGCGGUACCUUGACUGGCGAGCCCUCAUGAAGAGGAAGAGAAUGAAGGCCAACAUCAAGCUCGUUGGCUCUGGCUUUCCUCUCCCCACAUCGGAUUUAGAUGACUCGCUCACUGAAGAGAUAGAUGAAAAGAUUGGAUUCCGAAAUGAUUCCAACUUUGAUUGGCAAAAUGUGGCUGAUUUCAGGGAUGCAGGUGGAUCCUUAACCGAGGUCAAAGUGGAAGAGGAAGAGAGAGAUCCACAAAGUCCUGAAUUUGAGAUUGAGGAGGAAGAAGAAAUGCUGUCCUCAGUCAUUCCAGAUUCCAGGAGGGAAAAUGAGCUUCCGGAUUUCCCCCACAUCGACGAGUUUUUCACCCUGAACUCCACGCCGUCUCGCUCGUACGACGAGUCCCAUUUGCUCGUCAACAUAGAGAAGCAGAAGCUGGAGCUGGAGAAGCGACGGCUGGACAUCGAGGCGGAAAGGCUGCAGGUGGAGAAGGAGCGGCUGCAGAUCGAGAAGGAGCGGCUGCGGCACCUGGACCUGGAGCACGAGCGGCUCCAGCUGGAGAAGGAGCGACUGCAGAUCGAGCGGGAGAAACUGCGCCUGCAGAUCGUGAGCUCCGAGAAGCCCUCCCUGGACGGCGACCUCGGCCCCGGGGAGAAAGCCAUCCUCCAGCCGCAGGACAUAGAAACUGAGAAGCUGAAACUCGAAAGAGAACGCUUGCAACUAGAAAAGGAUAGGCUGCAGUUUUUGAAGUUUGAAUCGGAGAAACUGCAGAUUGAGAAGGAACGCUUGCAAGUCGAGAAAGAGAGACUUCGAAUCCAAAAGGAGGGGCACCUGCAGUGA